CCUGCUCCAGAAAUUCCCCUCAGGGUUUAGCGCCAAUUCUUUUCUCUCUCUGGUCUCCAACCUGUAACAUUUUUUAGUAUCGCGUUGCAGUCCAGUCCAACAUUGAGUAGGCAAUAUUCAUUUUUGCAUACCGGAGGAAUAUUAUAGUUAAUCAUGUCUUCUCGACCCGUGAUUUUGAGGCAUUGCCACCUCUCAAUCCCAUCCAAUCCCAUCCUCUCCCGGUCCCGCCUGCCACAGUCAAAACUACCUCCAACCGAGCCUCAUUCCCAGCGCCGAUGUCUUGCAGCGGGGCGGGCAGUCCCCAAAAUCUUAGAACCUUCGAUGUGGACGUCUAUGGUUCCCAAAUUCCUUCGGAGCGGGAAUCGGCGUGGGACAGAUUCCGCACCCCGAAAGUCCAGAGCGCCUAAUCCAGCUACAUUUUAUGCCAUCAUGUUCACUCUUAUCGGCUCCCAGGCUAUCCGGAUGAUUAUGCUUCGAAAUGAGUACGCGAACGAUACCCGGAGCGCAGAUGCGAAAACCCGGCUGCUAAAAGAGGUUAUCGAACGGAUUCAGAAAGGGGAAGAUGUGGAUGUCAAAAGGCUAUUGGGUACGGGGGACGAGGCAAAAGAAAGAGAGUGGGAAGAAGUCUUGAAAGAAAUUGAGCAGGAAGAAUCCCUAUGGCAUUCCAGGGCUAAGCGGACACAUCGCGGGAACGUGCCAAAGUCCGAUAGUGACGGUGGAAAUGAUUCGCAACAGUCGACUACUCCGCAGCAGAGUGAACCGGAGAUAACGACAAAAUAUCAACGAGUCACUUCUAAUGAGGGACCUACUACGGAAACAAGCAAACCCCAACGGCCGUCCAGUUUCUUCUAAACAAUCUAUCCCAUGUUGCCAUCUAAGCCAUAACAAUUUGACAUCGGACUUACUACAAAUUUUAAAUAUAUCCCUGCUUCCCCAACGUUUUCGAACACAAAGAGAUAUCUCACUCCUGUUUAGAACACAUGUUCUUGACUAUCUAUGGGAUAACUUUUGCGGAUCUCAUCCGCUCAAGUGCCCUAAUCCAGGUUUCCGCGUUGCUCUCCUCGUCCGUGUAGCCAGUUGCUAUUGUCUUCCGCAAAUCAACUUGACGGUCAAAAUUUAGCUUAGUCAACCCCCAAUUUUCCGAGCCAUCCAUGGACGGAGACGCUACUUUCCAUCCUUUCAACCCAUAUUCCUUUACCAUCCUUUUGUACUCUUCUUCAUGAUUACGGAUAUACUCGUCAGGCCCGGGUGUCUCUGUCUCACUCCUCUCGCGAUCAACGGGCGGUAUGCCUUCAAGUCCAAACCAAGUGCAUAUAACCGGCCAUUUCAUCUCCCAGCUCCAUGGGGUCGAUGAGGAAGCAACGUUGAAUCCCUCUCCGUUGGCCAACAGAUUAGAGGAUAGUGAAAGGUGGAUUGCAGAUUUAGCGAUCAUAUCUGCACCCGCGUCGUUGGAGAGCGCUUUCCAGACGCCGAAACUACCGGGAAACGGGCAUUGGGCGCCCUUGCCGUUGAUGUAGGCGUACAGCGAAAGAAACAUGGCGAUGGGAUAUGCAACAUUAUAUCCAUUAGGGCGAGGGAGGAAUCCUGGCUUGGGGUACAUAGGUGCUUAGUGAUCUUUGUGCCAUAAAGCGGCAUUAAUAUGAAAGAGAAGAAAAAAAAUUAUGCCUAACCAAUAAUGUCGUCUGGCCUUGUCUCGCACCACUUCCACGGUUUCCCGCGUGAGAACUCAUCCAUCCAUCUCGAAAGGUUGAAAUAUGGGAGGCGAUCAGCCCACGGUUUGCGGAGGGGAGGCAACCCCUCUGAGAGUGGCACUGGCAUAUAGAAGUCCUCGGCGAAACAAGUCCCAUAUAUGAAAGUUCCAUACUGGAGGUGGAUGAAUUCAAGCUUUGGUGCGAGAUCGUCGAUCACGGUCACGGCUUUGCGGAGGCUGUCUAAUGCCUUGGAAUCGGGCACGCUCACUAUUGUUUUGGCAUUAGGUAUAAAGCGUGUAAACAAACUCAUCGCUAAUUACUCGUUCCUCUCUAAGUAUCAUAUUUCUUCAAAUCUUUUUUAAGGAAGAAUAUAUGCCCGAAACUUUACAUAUAUAUCUUCAGGCAUCCAUAUUCCACCGUCAUAUAUCCGUACCUAAGUAAAAAACAUGCGUAAAACUCCCCACACCCACAAGCCGCGAACCCAGCUUCCCCUUCAAUACUUCCUCCGUGUCCCCGACGAAAUUAACGCCCGAAACUAGCUGUAGUCGUUUAUCCUCUGGCCAAUAUGACACUUCCUCCUCAUUCAAGGGUCGCAUUGUAACCCCCGUCACCCGGUCCCAAAUACCCGGCCGCGGAUAAUCAUGAAGGAGCUGGUUGAUAAAUGCCCAUCCUGAAAUUCCCGAGGCGCCAAGAACCAGCGCAUGGCAGGGGUUAGUCGAUUCAGGCGCCAUUUGUUUUUGUUGUAACGUAGUUUGCCGGUUGGCUAGGAUAAGGUAGGGGAUGUGAAGUGAAAUGAGUUUAUGUUGGGCUUGAUAUGGUAUAGUAGGUAGGAGGCCUUUAACCAUUAUCGAAUCUCGAAGUAAAACAACGCGGUAAGGAUUGUUAGUGAUGGUACUUCAUCAUGGGAGUAUUCCUCUAAUGGACGAAAUUUUCGGCGACAAUGCGAGAGUGAUGUCAUGCAUCCCAUCAUCUUGAACACUCACUGCAUAAACGUUAGCGUGCACCCAUCGUAGGGUAACCAAGC